UUUAUCAGCGAGGAACAUGGCAAGUAAAUUGAAGUCAUCUGUUGUUUCCGCGUUUAAAAUGCAUGGUUACUGUUUAAGAAGUGACGCAUCAAAAUACCUCGUCGACAUCCUAUUGCCAGUGAGUGAGGUUUCGAGGGAAGAUUGGAUAGACAGAAUCCUAGAGGCUGUGGAAAAACAAUCAUUGACGUCGUCGGUUGUAGAUAAAGGGAUAGUACAGGCAGCGGUUCAUGAGUGCAAGACAGAGGGAGAGGAUAAUAGCGAAGAAGUUAUGACAAUCAUCGAUGCGUUUUCUGUGCCGAAGUUUACGUAUCUUCCAGACCGGAAAAAGUUUCUGCCGAACCUGUCAUGCAACAAGAUGGCUCCUAACCUUCACAGUACAGCCAAGGACAAAGCCGAUAUCUUCCGGGAUCGCUAUCAAAUACUUCACCAGCGGACGUGUCGACAUGACCUUUUCACGCCAUUGAUGCUGGGAGCGACUGCAGAAGAGAGUGCUAGGAAGUUUCAGUUAAAACCCAUCGAAUAUUUGUUAGGAUGCACUGCAAAAAUAGGGGAAGUGAUUGUGCUGGGAAUGCUCACUCAAGUAAAGGAGGGAAAGCUUUACCUGGAAGACCCAACAGGAGCUGUGCAGCUGGAUUUAUCAACGACAAGUUUUCAUCAGGGUUUGUUCACGGAGAAUAGCUUUGUGCUUGCUGAAGGAUGGUAUGAGGACUCGAUCUUCCACGUCAAUGCUCUAGGCUUCCCUCCUGCUGAGCCAGCAAGAACCACCAGGGCGUAUUUCGGAGACGUUAACUUUUUCGGUGGUCCGAGCAAGACGAGUGUCAAGGCGUCUGCGCGACUGAAGCUGAUGGAAGAACAGAACAAUGGCGCCAUGUUUGUGUUCCUCUCUGAUGUCUGGCUGGACCAGGCGAAGGUGAUGGAGAAGCUGAACGUCUUGUUCAAAGGUUAUUCGCCAAUCCCACCAACAGCCUUCAUCCUGUGUGGCAACUUCUGCUCAGAACCUUACGGACCCAGUUACACGAAGACUCUCAAAAAGUCAUUCGCUCAGCUAGCCGAUAUGUUGCUGCAGUUUCCAGAGUUGCUGGAGAGCAGUAAGUUUGUGUUCGUUCCUGGACCCCUCGACCCGGGCCCUGGCAAGAUUCUGCCAAGGCCGCGGUUGCCGGCGGCGAUCACGGGGGAGUUUGAGCGGCGCGUGCCGCAGGCGACCUUCACGUCGAACCCGUGUCGCGUCCAGUACUGCACGCAGGAGAUCGUCGUCUUCCGCGAGAACGCCGUCGCUAAGACCUGCCGCAACUGCGUGCGUCUGCCGAGCGCAGCGGGCGUCGCCCAACAUUUUGUGAGGACGAUCAUCGCUCAGGGUCACCUAUGUCCGCUACCGCUGCACCUGUCACCCGUGUACUGGUCACACGACGCCGCACUGCGUCUCUACCCUCUACCGGACGUUGUCGUCUGCGCAGACGCAUACGACCCAUACAGCGAGACACUGUCUGAUUGCCUAGUGUUCAACCCGGGAUCGUUCCCAAAGUCCGGCUUCUCCUUCAAGGUGUACAUGCCAGCCACGAAGGCCGUGGAAGUGUCACGUGUCAGAGACAUGCCCACGGACACCGCAGAUAGCAUCGAUGCCAUGCAAGGUGCGGGCGACUCCGCAGUGUGGUAACAGUCGCACUGCGGUGUGUGU